UGCUCUAUUUCUGGGGGGUUUUGCACCCAGCUCUUUGUGAAUGACCCAACACUUGGUACUUUGGACAUAACUGUGGUCUAUUCUGCCCUCACUGUAUGUUGGCUCAAUACAGCUUGACAGAUAGUUAACAAUAAAUAAUGAAAAGAAACUCUGAAGUCUUGUUGAGGAUUGUUUGUUCUUCUUUUUCCUGUUUUAUUUUCCAGAUUUCUUCCCAUUAGUCUUAAGAGUUGCCACCCAUCCCGUUUUUCCCAAAAUUGUUCUCUUUUCCUCAUCAGAUGUCCCGGGGAAAAUAAAUAGGUGUUUGAUGAGCAUUCCUCAAAUUUCUUAGUAUUUUUUGCCACCUUUCCCAACUUCUUUGUCAGGUGUUACAGCCAUGAAAUUCUGAGUUAAUUAUUAUUUGCAAAAAAAAAUAAAGUUUAUGAGUUUGAACAUUAAAUAUCUUGUCUUUGUAGAGUAUUCAAUUGAAUAUAGGUUGAAAAGGAUUUGUAAAUCAUUGUAUUCUGUUUUUAUUUACAUUUAUCACAAUUUCCCAACUUCAAUAGAAUUGGGUUUUGUAGUUGUAAGCAGAAGGGUGUGAUUUUUUGCCAUCUUAAGAAACACAUCACUUGGGUUUUUGCUAUAGACAAUCUGAAUCUCCAUUUACCUGCCCAAUCCUUCACUUUAAGUAUUGCAUCUUGCAUUUUCUGACUUACAUAAUCUAUACUGCAGCCUCUUCCCUAAAUAGCCCCGUCAUCUGCAUACAAUGAUUUCCCUUUUCCUUGUUCAACGAGAGAAAACAAUGUCAUUUAUCAUAAUGUUGAAUAACAUUGGACUACAUACACUACCUUGUGGGGUACCAUUCUCCACUUCAUACACAUUAGAAUAUUCUGCACCCACUCUUCCUUGUAUUUUUCUGUUGAUUAAAAAGUCCAACACCCAGUUAAAUGCUUUUCCACCAAUUCCCAGUGAUUUUAAUUUAAUGAGUAGUCCCUCUUUCCAGAGUAUGUCAUAGGCUUUUUCAACAUCAAAGAAGGCUGCUAUCACUUCUUCCUUUUUGGUCUGUGCUUUCCUGAUGUCUGAUUUCAAACACAGUACAGAAUCCAUUGUAUUACGACCUCUACGGAACCCAUUUUGAUAUGCAGACAGAAAAGCUUUACUUUCUAAAAAUAUGUUAAUCUUUCUGUAGCCAUACAUUCAAUGAUUUUACAUAGAUAUGAUGUCAAGGCAACAGAUCUGUAGCUAGAUGGAUCUGAGGGGUCUUUUCCUGGUUUUUGAAUUGGUUCUAUUGUUGCUCAUUUCCACACUGAGGGAAGUUGGCCAGACUCCCAAACCCUAUUAAACAGACUUAACACUAUAGCUUGUGCUUCCUCUGUAAGGUGUUCCACCGUUUUGUAGCAUACACCAUCUUUCCCAGGAGUAGUUUGACGAGCACUAAUGAUAGCUCUUCUCAGCUUAAACAAACUAAAAGGCAUGUCUAACUAAUCUCCUGGCAGCUCCAUUCUCUUUAGUAUUUUUGGGUUUGUUUUAAGGAUCCUUCUUCUAAUCUGCUUGGCCUUUUCUGUGAGAUUGUCUGAACUGUGAACUUUUUUAAAUGUUUGGGCUAGUAGUUCAGCCUUUUCUAAGUUGCAGGCAGCCAAUUUUUCACCAUUGUUCAAUACUGGUAUUUUAAAAUUCCUCCUGAUUCCCCCCAUUCUCCUAAUCAUGCCCCACACAUCUGACAGCUGUACCUCACUCCCAAUACUGGUGCUAUCCGUGCGUUUUUGUGUUCUUCUUACUAUUGCCUGGGUCCUUUUUAUACUGUGUCAGAGCAUCCUGAGAAUGGUGUUUUUUGAGUUGCCUAAACACUUUAUUUCUGGCUUUUAUGGCUUUAUCACAGUCACUAUUCCACCAGGCUACAUUCUUGGUACCUCUACCCUCCUGUACUUUUGGAGAUUGGUUCCUCAGCAGAUGUAAUUAUUUCUUUUACUAUUUCCUCAUUGUGUUUGUAAAUGUGUAUAUCCAUCUGGCUCUCUUGAAGUUUUGUCAAGUCUAUUUGUGCUGAGUCUUUGGAAAGAAUCCCAGUCAGCAUUUACCAAUUUCCAUCUAGGAAUUUUCUUUCCCUUUUCCAUACUAACCUUUGAUCUGACUGUAGUCAUCACAGGAUAGUGGUUGCUACGUACUGUAGAAUGUUUUAAUACUUUCCAAGUGCUUACGUCUGCUGUUGUACUAUCUACAAAUGUCAGGUUGAUAGCUGUCUCUGUGUUUUUUGUGCUUUUAUAUCAUGUCCCCUCCCCAGUAUUUGUACACACCAAACCCUGAUCAUCUAAAAAUUCCUCAACUACACCAUUUGCAUCUGUGCUAUUGCUUUCUCACAAUGACUUAUGUGAGUUGACAUCCCCCCCUCCAUAUUACUCUUUCUUGCAGUGAUCCCCCAACAGAGUUUAAUAUAUUUUGAUUUAAUUUCUCACAUGGAUUGUAAUAAUUAACUAUAUCUAUGGAACCUUUGUUAGUCCAUACCUUAAUUACAAUUGCUUCAUGAUCUGUGUUUAUUUGUUAUAUUUUAAAACUCAUUCCAUUCAAUGCAAUGAGGCUUCCUGCAUUCCACUGCAACAAGAGUAGGACCAUUAGGAGGAUCCAGCCCAUGCCUGAGAUGAUUGGGUAUCUUCAUUCAGAAUGUCUUUGACUGUUUCCCAGCUCAACCCCUUCACAUCAAGGUACCUUUCAGCUGAAUUAACAAUUAUUUUGAUUCUUUCAUUUCGGCUCUUUGUCUGUGUUGAGCAGUUAAUUGUAUCUGCCAUAAACAACACAGAUUCAUUUAUACCUUAUCACAUCGGUUGCAUUUAACGGUAUCUUUGCUCACAUUGUUGCUUUGCUUUGCUGUCUGUACGUUUCCUGACACCAUUUUGACUGCUUCUGCAUAGCUCACUCCUAGGAAACCCUGACUCUCUGUACCUCUGCUGCUUUUUUACUUGCCUGCAUCCACGGUAUGCUGAGCUAUGUUCUCCUCCACAAUUGCAACACUUCAGUUUUGCCCCUUCUUCACAUUUGCCAUACUCAUGGUCUCCCCCAUAUCUGCCACAACUCUGUUUCCCCUUGCACACUGCCGCUACAUGUCCAAAUCUCUGACAUUUAAAACAUCUUAGGGGUGGGGGAACAUAUGGUCUCAGAUCAUAGCACAUAUAUCCAAUGAAUAUCUUUUCUGGGAGUCUUUCUUCAUUGAAGGUGAUUAGAAUUGAUAGGCUGUUGCUUUUAAUCCCAUUUCUUUUUGCUUUCAGCCGCUUAAAGCUAUGGUCUACGAUCUGAAAACCAGUUUGGCUGUUGAGACAGAUUUGAAAAACGCAAAUCCCCCCUCCUGUGCUCACCCAAAGUCAUGCAACACUCACAGAAAUCGCCGAGAGUGUGAACCAAAGAUCUCAAUAUGAAGAGGUUGUUCACACUGCUGGAUUCUUCUCCUCCAAAGCUGUUCUCUGCCUCCGUCAUUGUUUACUUUCCUCACGAAGCACAUAGCAAGAUCCGAGCGAAUCCACGCUCCCGGCUUGGAAAGCUGAUAUGCCUACAUGCUAUCCCGGUUUAAAUGGGUUAAGUGACUGAUGCUGAUGACGGCAAGGCCAGUGAGCCGUUCCUGAGACAUGGUUGACCUUAGGUACAACUUUAUAAACUUCAGUUUUUGAGAAGCUCCUCUCUGCUUGAGCCACCGUGACUGGCAGAGUGAGAGCAGUCCUGAGAGCAGAACUGUCCCCCGCGACCCUCUCACCCUUCGUCUCAUACAGUCUGUCAGCCUCUGUGCGGCACCUUUGCAGCAAGCAGGGGCACCCACAGCAGCAGGGGGCACCAAUUUGACAAGAGUUCAUACAAAUCCGCUUUGCGGCGCAGAUUUAUCAAUAUUUUUUUGGAAGUGCUCGUGCUGCCCCCCAUGAGUCAUGACCAUAGACUGUAUAAAGUAUGGACAGCAUCUGCCUCCUUGCUGGGUGAAGCCACUCCGAGAACAGCACCCUCUGUUGAUGGGCUAAAAUAUAGGUCAUAAAUCCCGCCUCCGCCAGCAAAGCUUAUGGAGCUGUGGACAAACUUUAGAAAUUAAUUACGCACAAAUACGAAAUAAGAGGAAGAGGAAGAAAGAAAAGGAGGGAGGCGAAUUACAUAUCUUGUUCACUUCAUCAUAUGUGUUUAUUUACUAGAUAUUUAAUUUAAUUUAAUGCGGUUUCAGCUGUGUUAAUUCAGUCAGGUUUUGUGUCCAAACGCGUGCCAAACGCGCUCAUCAGAUCAGAUAUAGAUCAGAAUAUAUCUAUAUAGAUCUAAAUGUAUGUGCUGACUCAGAUUAAUAGUUGUUGAUGAUUAUUUAUUGCACUGAAAUGUGCCUGACACUGUGGAAACCUGCCUGUGAGGCAUCGGUGACGUAUGCUGAUAUGCCGCCAGUCUACCAAAAUACCACUAGACCAGCUGUGCUCCGCCUGCACUGAAAGCUGACCAGGUUUGAAUUGGCGAGCUCUCAGCGCACUUUACACGCCACUGGGGAGCACGAAAAUUUCAGUGCGCCCUCUGAUUCUGUCGACACCUCCCCCUGCCACGCCACCACGCCCAGCUUGGUGGAUCUCGGUUCGCCUCCGUGUGCCUCAGUCCACGACAAUACCAAACUGGCUGUACGCCGGGCUCCGCCAGACGAAAAUACAACUGCGCGGGGUCCACCACCCUCCGCCACCUCACCGGCGUACACAAAAAUAGAGUCCAAGGUCUUUCAGCCACUGACUGUGAGUGGGCAGGGCAGCAUCCCUCCAUCUGAGGAGAACCGCACGUCCAGCCAGGAGGGAGGCAAACGCUAGGGUUCAGCUCUUAAUGGAAGAAAGAUUUGUAUCUUCUCCCACCGUACCAAAAACAGCCACCAGAGGAUCAGGUUCUAAGGUUAUGUUAAGGAUUUGUGAUAAAGUUUGAAAAACCUCUCUCCAAAAUUUCUCAAGGCUGAGACACGUCCAAAACAUGUGAAUAAGAGAGCCUUCACCUAAUCUGCAUUUGUCACAGAGGGGAUCCACCUCGGGAUAGAGACGAGCUAGUUUGGAUAUGGAUAAGUGAGCUCUGUGAACGACCUUAAACUGCAGGAGGCAGUGGCGGGCACAGAACGAUGUUGAGUUAAUAUACCUAUGGAUCUUUUCCCACAGAUUGUCUGACAAUGUAAGGUUCAGGUCUUGUUCCCAGGCAGCCCUUAUUUUGUCUAGGGGAUCAUGUCUUAUAUCUAUCAACUUAUUGUAUAUUAUGGAGAUGAGCCUUUUACGUGUUGGAUGCAACUGAAGCACAUCAUCGACAAUGCUUGUUUCAGAUGCUGCAGGAAAGUUUUGUACCUGAGAACGGAUGAAGUGUCUAGCUUGCAAGUACCUGAAGAAGUGAGUUUUUGAUAAGUUAAAUUUUUUGCACAGCUGUUCGAAAGAUGCAAAAUAGUUCCCAAUGAAUAAAUCUGUAAAGUGUCUAAUAACUGGUCUGUGCCAUUCCUGAAAGGCGAAGUCAAGUGAGGAAGGUGGAAACAGAAGGUUAGAAAAGAUUGGGCUGGAUAGAGAAAAGCUAGUUAAAGUGUUUUCUAAACUAGGUCCAUAUUUUCAAAGAUUGUCUAACAACAGGGUUAGGGAUUGAAAUAUGUGAGGGGACUGGGAAUGAGGAUCUAAGCAAGGCUGGAAUAGAAUGAUUUUUAACUGAGUUUAGCUCCAUAUCCACCCACUCUGGUUUACCUGUCCUGUCAUAGAAAUGUGUCCAACAAGUAAGACAGCGUAUAUUAGCUGCCCAGUAGUACAGUCGGAAGUUUAGUAGAGCCAUACCCCCGCUGUUUUUGGAUUUUUGAAGAUGAACUUUGUUGAGACGAGGACGCUUGCCUUUCCAUAAAACUGAUGACAAAACUGACUCUAACUGAUCAAAAAAAGAUUUUGGUAUGAAAACUGGAAUUGAUUGAAAAAGGUAUAUAAAUUUAGGAAGAAUGGACAUUUUAAUUGAAUUGAUUCUGCCUACAAGGGAUGUAGAUAGAGGAGACCAUUGUGCCAGACCUAGUUUAACUUUGUUUAGCAGAGAUAGAAAGUUUUCUUUAUAAAGACAUUUGUAUUUAGUUGUCACCGUAAUGCCUAGAUAGGUGAUCUUGUUUUUAGGAACUUUAAAAGGAAGAUUUGAUAAGUCUGUGAUAAAGGCAGCCUUAUUCAAUGAAAACAGUUCACUUUUGUGAAGAUUAAGUUUGUAUCCUGAAAACUGGCCAAAGUGGGAAAGCAAAGGCAAUCUGCGUAAAGGGACACUUCAUGUUCAACUCCCCACCUCCAGAUGCCUUUGGUUUCUGGGCAGCUUCUCAGGGCAAUAGCCAGAGGUUCCAAAGCCAGGUUGAAAAGGAAUGGGCUCAGGGGACAACCCUGACGAGUACCUCGCUGAAGACUAAAUGGUUGGGAUUUUGGGGAAUUUGUGAGAACAGAAGCGGUUGGGUUUGAGUAUAAUAGUUUUAUCAAACUAAUAAAGCUAGGUCCAAAAUUAAAUUUCUCUAAAACAUUAAACAAAUAUGCCCAUUCCACACAGUCAAAUGCUUUUUUCCGCAUCCAAGGAGAGGACACAUUCAGGCACUGUAUCCGAAGGAGUAUACAUGAGAUUGAGAAGACGACAAAUAUUGAAAUAAGGCUGACGGUUUUUGAUAAAACCAGCUGAACAGCUCCAUUUUUAAAAGUUAUUAGUCAUGUUUUCUAUGAUUGACACCUGAUACAGCCUAUGGGCAUUCAGGGAUUGCGUAGCUCAUCCGGGGGAUACGCUGUUUGAGCCGAGCGUCAUCACAGCGACUCUCCCGCCGAAGGCGCACAUUGCUACUGCACAGCACUGGUUUCAGGAAAUUAAGAAAAAUCCCGGAAUUACCGAGAGCUUUUUGGCUUUAAAUCCGUAUCCAUACGGAAGGCGGAACCAAGUUGUCCAUAGUAUCUUCAGUCUAUGGGUUAGCCUUAUAGGAUUCCAUUUGCUGAAUGAAGCACCCUCUUGCGCAAGUUUAACGGUUACCUUAAACUCCUUCUUUCCUCCAGCCCCCCUUUUUUAAUCCCUAUAAUCUGAUUGAUUACUUGCUCUCUUAUACGUUUAUUUUUCCUGACAAUAUCCCAUUCAACUUUACACCUCCUGCCACCUACUUCCAUCUCUCCUGACUCACUUCCUGAUCCAUCACUUCCUUCUGCCAUCUCCUCACCAUUCACAGCUCAGUUGUUGCCAACUGCCCUCCCUCGACUGUUUCUCUCUCCUCAAAAUCAAAAUGGUCUGACGAAGAGCUAACUCAAAAACGCUGAAAGGAAGAACAUAGUCAUUAAGAAAGUUUAAUUGAUAGUGACAAUAAAAAGGUCUCACAUUGAUAAUUGAUUGUUUCAUUCUUGAUGUUUAUUUAUUCAAUUUAUUCACUUUGUAUUUUGCCUUUAACACUGCUUGGCAGUACCUGCAUCCAAAUGGACUCAAAGCACUUUGUGAAUCUUAUUGAUCUUGUUUCUUCUUGACUAGAUCUUGACUCGAAUUGUUCUUGCUUUUGAACGUAUGCUGUUAAAUGACAUUGUAACAUGAGCAUCUUCAGGCAGGAGCUGGCUACCCUGGGUUUUACUGAGGAAAUUUUGAGGAAAUUCAUCCUUACCUAAAGAAUUUCAAAAGGAGACCCUCUGAGAAGACAGCUAAUGUGGUGAAGGUCCUAAACAGUAUCAUGCCUUUAUCAUAAUUUUAUUUGAUUUAUCUUUUUGAAGUUAAAUUGCAUCAAAAGAGAGCCUUGAUAUAUGAAAUGCAUUUUUUUUAAAUAAACUGAUGCCACACCUGAAAAAAACCUAAAAUCUUUUUAAGCUGCUAAAUUACUAUUCAGCACUUCAUUCUAAUGAUUUUGCAAACUCUGAACUCUCUUGUGUAAACUCUUAUGAUUUAAUGAGUGUGACAUUUUAAGGUAAUGGAUUAAUGUCAUUAAAUGAGUUUAUAGCUGUUAUUGUUGGAACACCUUAAGUUAUGCCAGUGCUUUUUGUUUUUCUUUAAAUUUAAAGUUUUGGCAGUCACAGAAACUGAAACCAGUUGACUCAGUUCCAUGUAAAAGGUGUGUUAACUUCAGUGGAAAUGUAGCCAGAAGCUGAUAUGCUGUGCAAUCAGGCGCUAACUGCAACACUUCAUUCAGCAUUAAAGUUUGAUAUCAAAAAUAUUCCAAGGACAGCCAACCUCUCAUUACAUGACUCUGACACUUGAGAGACAGAUAAAUGUAUUUAUUUGUAAGCAACACAAAAAAGCACAAAGUGAAACUGAAAUAAAUAUUUUUUUAUUUUAUUACCAUCCUCUAACAGCCCACUUGCAGUACCUCCCCAAGCCCACUAGAGGCGCAGCCAUAACAAACCACUGGUUUAUGAUACUGUACCUUUAAUUGAAGCUACAGUGAGGAGCUUUUGCGUUGAUUGCGGUGCCUCCUUCAGGAUCAACCAGUGCCUUACAUUUCUGCCCAUUUUGUCUUACAGUUGUGUAGGUUAUGUCUUUCAACGAAAAAUCUGAUCCUGCCGUAGUGCUGGACGAUAAUUCGAUAACAAUAUAUAUCGAUCGCUAGACGUGUGGUGCGAUAGAAAAAAAACGGGUCGAUAAAAAGUUCGAUAGAAAAACAGUUUCCCUUUCUUUUUCAUCAUAGCCUAUCAUGUAGCUUUUACUACAGUCAUUACUUCCUCCCAACCAAUCACAAACGCAGACCCAGGUACGCUACGGCACCAAGCCCAGCCCCUAUCAAACCACAACAGACAGCACGCGUAUUAGAAAAAAUGAUACAGCAAGGAGAAGCGGAGGAAAUUGUCCCGAAAAAAGGUUUCAGUAGUUCACCAGCAUGGCAAUGUUUUGGUUUUUAAAAGUCUGACAAAAAGCGAACAGCGGUCGUUUGCAAAAUUUGCAGAGAAUUAGUAAAAACCAAGUCUGGUAACACAACCAACUUGUUUUACCAUCUAAACCGAUCGCACCCGCAGGAGUACGAGCUGUGUCGGCCACGCCGCGGCUCCACGUCAUCGUCGGAGGAGGAAUCCUCUGGAACCGCUGCCAGCACCAGCACAAAGCAUGUGAAGCAGACCAAACUGGACUUCGUUUCUUGCCAAAAUACGACAAAGCGUCCGAGCGGCAUAAGGACAUCACCCAUGCAGUAACAUGCUCCAUAGCGAGGGACAUACUGCCAAUAACUACCGUUGAAAAGCCUGGCUUCGACCAGCUUCUAGCCACUCUCGACCCGCGAUAUGAAGUGCCCGGCCGCAAGUAUUUCUCAAACACAGCGCUUCAGGCAUGAAAAUUGGUCAGGGGUUGAAAAGGUGAGAAGGGUGCAGACGAAAUACGUUCCGGUGUUGUGCCAUAGAAUGCAUCCCUGCAUCCCGUCCACUCACUAGCUUCUUAAAGUGGAAGAAAAUGAGCUCAUAUUUUACAAAGACGCGAGUAUUUGGAUCAUGGCUACUAGCAGGGGGUGCAUUCGGCAGGGGUGCAUUCUACGACACAACACCGGCGUGGAUAAGUCCUGCUUCUCGUGCUUAGUUUGUGUAUUAAGUCAAUCACAUGAUAAUUAAAAAAAAUAAAUCUCCCGACCCCGGGAGAAAUAUUUCAGUGUUCAGACACCAGGCUGUGGGCAGUUUCCCACACAGUUAAAACUGGUAGUAUGCUAUUCCCACCUAAAGCUAUUCUGUUUAUUUAUAUAUUUGUUUGUUUUGUUUAUUUUCAUCAAAAGACUAUUUAAAUAUUUAUUUAUCAGAUUUUCUGGUCACUUUAGUCUUUUAUGUUUGUCAGUAUUUACUGACGUCACUCAGGCCACCUAAGUUGAUUUCUUUUUUUUUUUAGUUCUUUUUUAAAAAACUUUAAGUUGUGGUAAAAUAAAAAAGGUGGUUGAAUAAAGGUUUGAAUUUGAAUUCAGUGCUUGUGUGUUCUUUAUUAAAAGUAGGUCAUUAAGCAAUAGCAUAAAACAUCCAGGGCUGCAAUUAAAAUAUAUGUUAAAUAAUUAUAAUAAUUAUAUCGAUAAUUAUCGAUACCGAUCAAUAUGAUUUAUUUUUUAUCAAUAUGCUUUUUUCUAUAUCGUCCAGGCCUAUCCUGCCGUAUGUUAAUUGCACUGAUUUAUCACUCACAAAGAGUCUUUUAGAGGAAAAUGUGGAAGACUUCUUUCCUACUAGUUUGAAGUUCGUUCGUCUUUGUAAAAAUUAGCACAUGCUUUUCACAAAACUAUGACAUUAAAUUAUGACUCAACUUUUUUUUAUGUAGUAUUUGUAAAAAAAAAAAAUAUGAUUGGAGAUGUACAAAGCAAGAGUUGUUUUGCAGCAACAUAAACAAUUUAAAUGUGUACAUUCCUGAAUUUCUAACAGCCCAAAGGAAGUAUAAGACGGUGGUAGAGAUGUUGCGCCGAAUGUGAUGCAAUGUGAGCGUGCUGACGGUGCUGCCCAGGCAUGUGAUGCACCAACCAUAUACAGGACUGUCUCAGAAAAUUAGAAUAUUGUGAUAAAGUCCUUUAUUUUCUGUAAUGCAAUUAAAAAAACAAAAAUGUCAUACAUUCUGGAUUCAUUACACAUCAACUGAAAUAUUGCAAGCCUUUUAUUAUUUUAAUAUUGCUGAUUAUGGCAUACAGCUUAAGAAAACUCAAAAAUCCUAUCUCAAAAAAUUAGAAUAUUUCCGCAGACCAAGUAAAAAAAAAAGAUUUAUAACAGCAAAACAAAAUCAAACAUUUGAAAAUGUCAAUUAAUGCACUCAGUACUUGGUUGGGAAUCCUUUGGCACGGAUUACUGCAUCAAUGCGGCGUGGCAUGGAGGCAAUCAGCCUGUGGCAUUGCUGAGGUGUUAUGGAUGCUCAGGAUGCGUCAAUAGUGGCCUUUAGCUCAUUUGCAUUGUUGGUUCUGGUUUCUUUGAGCUUCUUCUUCACAAUACCCCACAAAUUCUCUAUGGGGUUCAGGUCAGGGGUGUUGGCAGGCCAAUCGAGGACACAAAUGCCAUGGUCAGUACACCAGUUACUGGUUGUUUUGGCACUGUGGGCAGGUGCCAAAUCAUGCUGGAAAAUGAAAUCAUCAUCUCCAUAGAGCUUUUCAGCAGACGGAAGCAUGUAGUGCUCUAAAAUCUCUUGGUACACAGCUGCAUUGACUCUGGACUUGAUGAAACACAGUGGACCAACACCAGCAGCUGACAUGGCUCCCCAAACCAUCACUGACUGUGGGAACUUCACACUGGAUUUCAAGCAACUUGGAUUUUGCUCCUCUCCAGCCUUCCUCCAGACUCUGGCACCUUGACUUCCAAAUGAAAUACAAAACUUUCAUCUGAAAAGAGAACUUUGGACCACUCUGCAACUGUCCAGUGCUUCUUUUCUAUAACCCAAGUCAGACGCUUCUUCCGUUGUCUUGAGUUCAGGAGUGGCUUGACCAUGGGAAUACGGCUAUCGUAGCCCAUUUCCCGGACACGUCUGUGAACAGUGGCUUUUGAUACCUGGACUCCAGCUUCAGUCCACUGUCUUUGAAGCUCCCCCAAAUUCUGGAAGCAGCUCCUCUUGAUUGUGCAGUGUUUCCUGCCACAUUUCCCCCUUCCAACAGACUUUUUGUGAAUGUGCUUUGAAACUGCACUCUGUGAACAGCCUGCUCUUUUAGAAAUUUCUUUUUGUGUCUCACCCUCCUGAUGGAGGGUGUCAGUGAUGGUCCUCUGGACAGCAGUCAGGUCAGCAGUCUUCCCCAUACUUGUGAUUUAGUUUACUGAACCAAGCUGAGUGUUUUUAAAGGCUCAGGAAACCCUUGCAGGUGUUUCGAGUUAAUUAGACGACUCAAGUGAUUAGUUAAAUAGCCUACUAGUAUACUUUUUCAUGAUAUUCUAAUUUUUUGAGAUAGGAUAUUUGAGUUUUCUUAAGCUGUGUGUCAUAAUCAGUAAUAUUAAAAAAAUAAAAGGCUUGCAAUAUUUCAGUUGAUAUGUAAUGAAUCCAGAAUGUAUGACAUUUUCAUGUUUUUAGUUGCAUUACACAAAAAUAAAGGACUUUAUCACAAUAUUCUAAUUUUCUGAGACAGUCCUGUAUAUAUAAUCGCUAGAUGGCUUACGCACGCUGUUGGAGACCGACGUCCGCGCAUGGCGGCCAUCUUGCUUCAGGCACCACACCCAUUCAGCAUUACAGUUACUGUGCAUGUAGCGUUUAAAUAAUCGUAGAUUACUUAAUUUUAAAUAGAAAUUCAAACGGUGUGGUUUGUCACAAACCUCAGAAUUUUAUUUAUGUUCCUGCAUACUCAAGAAUAAUUUUACCUAUGAAUUUCCAUAAAUAAACAGUAAGCACAUAGGUAGAGCAAUAGCUAUAGGCCUACACCCAAGGCAGUUAUAUUAAAUCAUUUAUAUAUAAAGCAUUUAAUCAUUUCACGUUUGUUAUAUUAGUAAUAUUUCAAUUAUAGGAAAAACUAUGGUAACAUACAAAAUAACAUAUAUGUAUUUAUUUUUAAUAUAAAUAUCUCCCUAAUGUUGCCAUUUUAGAUAUUUUUAACAAACCAAACAGCUUGGAAAUCAUGUGCAAUUUGCGCAAAGCCACUCAAAGUUUGUCUUUGCGUGCAAAUAGCCGUGAAACAACUGUGCUGCACAAUGAAGUCCUUUUUUUCUCAAAGAAAAGCUGCCAUUUCAAUAUGUCUACGAACCCCGACUGAUAGCCACGUUAUUACGGUAUAUAAUUCACAAGGCCAUUUUUAAAUUUGUCAAGAUUUCAGCGAGUUAAGAGUAUUUUUGUAUCAUGCAUCUUACUCACCUUCCGUCAGCUACAAUAGAGCGUACCAGAAUGGUAUACUGGAGUAAGAUGGCCGCCUCGUAUGGACGCCGGUGACUCCACCUUGAGCCAUCUAGCCUUUCUUAUAGUUCUCUAUGGCACCAACACCACCGCUAAUCUGAAAAUAUCUCAUUUCCAGCACAAUGCUAUCCUAAGGAGAACAGCGCCCUCGCCUGGUCGUGUCUGAACACAGCGCUUGAUGUCAUGCGAGUUAACAUGAGGCGGACAGGGGAGGAGAUAGUGCCAAGGAUAAACAGCAACAACACAAUCACGCUCAGGCCGCAAGUCUGUGUCAAAGUGUUUUCCUGAGGGGGCACAUUUUGAUCUUUUACGGUAAGAUUUGUGUCACCUUUUUUACACACUAGCAUUGCUAACGCGAAGGUUAUAUGACCGCCUGUCACUGAGGUAGAUAGCAAACCAAGCACGAUUUAAAAAUCGGAGUAUUAAGCGUUAAUGUGUUGUACUGUGAACAAAACAUGUUAAAUACGUUUCAACAAAUCACACCACUUAAGCUUGGUGGUGAUCCGUAAUUCGGCGUAGGUUUGACUGCAUAAGAAGCUGUAGGAGCUUUUAAGUGUAUUUUAGUUGCUCUGUUAGGAAGGAACUGCAGCAAAGUAAGCAAGGCUAAGCUAACGUUAGCAUAUCCUCUGGAAUGAUAACAUUUUACAUACCUGUCUACCUGAUUGUUAAUUACCUUGCAGUUCUGUCUUUCUCGUUUUGUUCUGCCGUGUAGCGUUUGUCGUAAGCAGUGAAACUAACGCCCCUAUAUCUCAGCCUUUUCCUAAAGGAGUUCCGUAUCGCUCAGUCAGAAGACGUCAUCAACGGCAGCUUGGUUAGCUUAGCUUGCGUGCUAACUUCACCUUUGGCGAAUGUUAGCCUCGUUAGCAUCAUGACUUCAGGUUUGAUACAGGAUGUUUGGAAAGGAGCGUUUUGUUGACAUGUUGGCACCAGAUCCAACUGUACUAGCCAGUAAUGAACUGCUUUAAUGUUAGCAGACGGUCAUUCAAUAUUGUAACUCUGGGCAGUUAUGUAUGCACUACUCCAGCAGUGAAAUAAUCUGCAUUAUUACUGCAUAUGUACGAUUCAUUUCAAUUUUAACUUGUUCAUUUUACAUAUUGUAUACAUUUUAUGCUUACAUCUUGAUACUGAUGAGAGAGUGUAACAGCCAGAUUUAUAUUAAACACCCAAUUAUCUAUGCAUCACUUGCCCACUGAAAGGAGUUAUGUCAGGGUCUUUAUUGCUAGCACUGAUACACAAAAAGAGUCAGAGCUGAAUCCAGACAGAUGUUUUCGUUUAUCUUCGUUUUUUGCCCGUUUCACCAUGUUGGUAUCUUUGCUUGGCACGCAGUUUUUUUUUUUUUUUUGUAUAUUGACAUAAAAAAAGAGAUCCUCCAAAUAAGAUUUACUCCUUAAGCCUCCUCAGCAGCUUUACAAUCUUGUAUGCAUUUGUGCUUAAAAAGAGCCCAAAAGUUUAACACUUGGGCACAAAUAUAGACAAACAGCUGAUGUGCUCAACGCUGAAAGUUUGAUAAGAUACUCUCACAAAACCCACAAUGUAGUUGAUUUUGAUGAUGUCCACCUGUCCAACAUGAAUACAUAAUAAUAACUAGCAGCUUAAACACAUCUCAGCCCUUUUAGAACCAUUUCACCAGUAAUGGGAAUUUGACCCAAUUAUAAACUAUUAUUGCCAGGUAAUAAACUACAGGAAAAAAUUAUAUUUAAAUAAUAAAACAAAUAAUUAGUGCCAUCAAGUUCCCCAAAUAGAUUACAACUGAUGAUGAACAAAAAACAAAAAAAAAUUACAAGGAGCAACAGAAUGACGAAUCAGUGACCACAUGAUUCAUAUUCAUUUUUUUGUCAUCGUCGAAGUCUUUCUCCAACCAACAGUAUAAAUGAUCAGUGCACUAGAAAACUCAACAAAAGUCUGCACAAGGUAUAUAUUUAUUUGAAUCAGAAACAAAAUAUUAGCCACUGAUGCAAGCUGCAUGAAAGUACAUCGGAAACAUGAGUCAAACAAAAGGCCAAACUACAACAGAAUUGACUGAAACUAGGGUGACCAUACAUCCUCCUUUACCUGAAUAUGUCCUCUUUUGGGGGACUGUCUGUGGGGAGUUUAUAAAAUCCUUCAAAUGUCCGGGGUUUUGUAUGGAAGUUAUGAGUUUGUGUACCAUGGACUAACGGAGUUAGAAGCGUAAAAAAAAACACUCGACCUGACCCACAAAAUCCUCAAAGUGCGACUCCGCCCCCGUGUAGUAGUGUUUAGAGUAUGGUCACCCUAUUGAAACAUCAACCAGAGCUUAAAAGAAAAAAUAAUAAGCAAAGAUUGCAAAGACAACAUUUUUUUUGUAAAAUUAGUUCCAGAAAAAUUAGUCACACCCUUAUUGUUGGUGAAACGCUGUUGCUAGCUCAGGGCCUAAACAGGCUUGUUUCUAUAAACUAGUUUAUUAGCAUUAAAACUUAAUUUCUUGUGCUGACAACCUUUUCUCAUAUUGAUAUAAAUGUUGAUUAGUUGCAUACAGGAAUAGGGGUUUUAAUAAGGGUUUGUGUUUUUUCUCAUAAAAUAUAUUUCUGCUCAUUUGUCUUCAAAAGCAAAAACCUUACAGUGGAAUCAAACACUGGAGAGGAUGAUACCCAUCAGUAGGGCCAAUAUAAAGAGGCACAGCUUCUGUAAGCACCGCUGACACUGAACGAAUGUGAAUGUUGCUGGAACUGCCCUAGACUUAACAGAAAUGGAUAUCAGGCAUCAGUCCUCUGGAAAAAUGACCAAGCAGGAAAUGAAAUGAUCUGAGAAUCUGUCUGAAUGCAGCAACUGGAGCAGGCAGAUUGAAACCUAUCACCUGACAAGAUGAUCAGACACACUAAUUUUGUACAGAUAUUAACAGGCUUUUUCCUUAUUGGAUUUUACACAGAAUGCACAAGUUUAUAAAUUAUGGAUGACGUGUGGCUUGUGUCAAUAAUUCAUAGGCCCUCACAGUCUGGUACCCUUACUCCAGGUUAACCUUGGCUGACUGAUUCUGCUCCAGAGGUUUGAGCUCAAGCUCUCUGUCAGUUUGACUAUGUUGAAUCCUGAAAUCAUACCAAAUAUUUCUUGUUAUUCUACAGGGUGUUAACAUUUUUUGGCCGUCCCUCUGUGUGAGCCUUACAGCUUCAAUUCAUCAUCAAAAGUCUGAUCUGAACCAGGGCAGGAUCAGCAGAGAGCCUUAGGGGUGGAGGAGCAGGCACUCACAGAUCCAGAAGAUGGCAUCACCCUUUGUGCCUGUCCCUGUACCCUUUGACAGAGCCUCCCCAGGAGGUAGCAGCAAGCUCAGGCGGCCACCACGAGCCUCAUCACUUGGCAGCGUCUCCUGCAGCUCGGACUCGUCUCUCAACAGGGCUGCAGGGGAGGACCACAACGGACAAGCAUGCGGAGGACUUAGUUCUCAGCGUCAGUCUCGGUGCAUGGAUAGAGGCACUCGCAGCAGGACACCACCUCUGCACAGUCCCGUGACUCAUGCAAGGCUGAACGGGGCCCUGGAUCACUCAGUGGAGUACUCCACCUGUCCUCGCUCCAUGUCGGAUCCUGUUGGGAGCCAGCAAGAUGAAGGGAGGCCUAUAACUCCCACUGUACUGGGCUAUGAGGUCAUGGAGGAGAGAGCCAAGUUCACGGUAAGAAGAAACACAUGAAAACCUUAAAGAAGUGUAGGGGAGUAUCUUUGGAGAGCGUGUUGAAACUAAAAGGGCCUCGAGGAGAAUAAGAGUACGGCCGUGUGCCAUCCUUUAAAAAGCAACUGUGUUUAGGUGAGUUUGCUGCUAUCCUUAGUAAAUGCUUAUGUAGUUCAACUUAAGUGAAAAACUCAAAACAAAAAAAAGAAGUAAGGGGUUUUAUUUAUUUAUUUAUUUAUUUAUUUAUCUAUUUACUUGAGUGUUAAAGCACUCAUACUGAUUUCAGUUUUCAGAUUCUUCUCUUAAGUUUUUAGCUGUCUUGCCUGUAACCACAGUCUUGUGAUUUACAUCCAUCAUUCAGCACUAAAACUGGUUUCGUAGGUUUUUACAUUAAGAAACAAGCAAGUAUGAGUUAAAUCCCUAUUAACUGUUUCCGUGUAGAACUGUUGAAACUUUACCUGAAGGACCACACUUUGGUUUUGGUCUGGUGGUCUGGUGUCCAUUUCAAGGUAAAGCAGUACUGACCAGUCAGAUCUGAACAGGCCUUGGUGUCUGCAGGAAAACCAUUCUUUUUGGAAAGCAAAACCAAGCAAAACAAAAUCCACUUUAAUGGCCCCCCAGUUCCAAGCUAUUUUCAAAAAAUAUGCAUUCAUAUGGCGUUGUUUUGAAAACAUUGCAUGUGCACAGGGAUCCAAUCAAACGAGUGUGCAUCUCAGGCCAGUAAGAUGGUAUAAUACCAUCUUUUUUAUUUUUUAGAGUGUGUUUACAGUCUGAGUAACAGAAUCUAACUGAGGCAGUCCCAGUAAGUGUGUGCUUAUAACAGGAAAAAGGACAAGGGAAGGUCUGACCCAAACUUAGACAUGAGUAUCUGCACAGCAGCAGAUAUCAGACAAUACCACAUAAGGCAAACAAGCAGUUGGUCAUGCAACUUAAAAACAGGAAGAUACAGUACAGGCCAAAAGUUUGGAAGCAAGGCCAUUACAGGCCGAACAGUUGGGAGUAACUUCAAGUUUUUGUUCACAAUGCUUUUUUUUUUAAAAUCCAGCAUGAGUUUUAUGUAUUUUGGGAUGUAUUUACUCCAUGAUCAGAUGUUGCUUUCAUGAACAUACACCAUUUUACUCCUUUAGAUAUACAUUGAUGUUAAAAGACCAUUGCUAAAUAUAUGUCAGCAAAAGAUAAUAAGGGCUUAGUUUUAGGGUUGAAAACAUUUGCAAGAGUCACAUCUUCAGUGGAAAAGCAAUAAAAAACAAAUCACAGUUGGAUUAUUCACUUCAAUUUUAUGGCUUUUGAGAGCCUGCAUACAAAAAUCCUAAUAAAUCUCAACUGCGUUCAAGCUACCGCAAAAAUGGCUAGAAAGAAGCAACUGAGUAAAGAAACAAAAGAACAGAUUUGUACAUUGAGGAAAGAAGGAUACACAGAAAGAGAAAUUGCAAAACGCCUAAAGGUGUUUAACAAAGGAGUCCACUACACUCUGAAGAGACUAGAGGAAGCUGGAAGUUAUGAUGAUAGAAAAAGGCCUGGACGAAAGAGAGUUACUACAAAAGCAGAAGAUAAACAUAGCAUUGUCACCAGUAAGAGAGAUCGACAAAAGACAGCACCACAAAUAAGGGAGGAAAUCAACAUGACAAGGUCGAAACCCAUAUCUCUGACAACUGUGAUAUGAAAUUUGAGAAAGGUGUGUUUGAAGGGUUGUGUAUCUGCAAAAAAGCACUACUUUGUCCACAGAACAAGAAAAAGAGAUAUGAGUGGGCAAAAGCUCACAAAAAUUGGACUUAUGAUGACUAGAAACAAGUUUGCACUAUUUGGUUCAAAACGCAGAGUCUAUAUCCUCAGACAAACUGGUGAACAUCUGAAAGCACCAUGUGUUACACCCACAAUUAAGCAUGGAGGUGGUAGUUCCAUGGUAUGGGGAUGUUUUGCAGGUGAUGGAGUAGGAGAUUUGUUUGAAGUAAAGGGUAUCAUGAAGAAGGAACAGUACCACUCCAUCCUCCAGCACCAUGCUGUUCCAUCUGGACUCAGACUUGUGGCUCAUAAGUUUGUUUUGCAGCAAGACAAUGACCCUAAGCUCUCUGCCAAGCUCUGUCAGGGUUACCUAGACAAAAAUAAGAGGAAGGUGUUCUUCAAAAGAUGGUUUGGCCCCCUCAGUCUCCAGACCUUUCUCCAAUUGAGCUUGUGCAGGAUGAAUUGAAUCGAUCGGUCAGAAAAACGCGUCCCACGAAUCAGAAGUCUCUUUUUAAUGAACUUAAGAAAGCUUGGAAUGCAAUCCCUGGAACAUACCUUAAAAACAUGUGGAACGAAUGCCUGGUAUAUGCCAAGCUGUUGUUAAAGCCAGAGGAGGUUACUUUAAGGAAAGCAAAGUCUAAGCAACAAUAACUCAAAUACCUCAUAAUUAUAGUCGAAAUGUCUUCUGAUAAGUUACUCUUUACACAAUAGUCAUGUUUAUUGUGUUGCAAAUUAUAUAUAUGAAACUAUGAUCUUUUAUUGUACAAAUCUGAUCUUGCUUCCAAACUAUUGGCCUGUAGUGUACAUGUGGUAAGAAACAAAGGCCGAAGAUGUUACAGAUCUGAGUUUAAAAAAAAAGGUCAUCAUGUUACACAUCAGCAUAAUAUAAUUUUCCACUUCAGUUUAUACCAGAAAGUGUGAUGAUUUACUGUCUUAAACUCGUGUGUGUUUUGUCCUAUCUCUGCUGCAGGUGUUUAAGGUCCUGGUGAGGAAGAGUGCAGACGAGAGCUGGGUUGUUUUUAGGAGGUACACAGACUUCUCCAGACUCAACGACAAGGUGUGUUUGUGUGGUCUAUAAAUAUUUUUGUCCCAAAUCUCAAGCCUGGCUGAAGCUUUAUUUUCUAAUCAGUCAUUCAUGUUUGAAGACACCGUGUUUGAGCGUCUGCUCAUUGCUUUUAGCACGCCUUUUGAGCACACUGUGAAAGUGAUUAGAGCUGCACAAAGAAGCUUUUAUUUCCAAAUAGCCAGCAGGCCUAAGCCAACUAGGGGAACAGGUCUUUCAUGGUUUUGGGUCACAGAUUAUAGAACAGAGAAAAGUAAACCACGUGAUGAUGCCAAGUCAGGGAAAGGAAUCUGCACCAAAAAAUGAAUGUUAGAAAACUGUAGCUAACUAGCUGGUGGUGUUUCUGCAGCUAAGCCUGCAAGAUAUUGAUUUAACCAAACACUGCAAUGCACAAUUUACUAUUGCAAAGAUGGGAGCUGGGAACACCCUACAGCAAGUUAGGAGGGAGAGGACAGGAGUGGGUGUGGAUAUCCUCUCCUCCAUUCCUGUGGCUUUUUACACAGGAAUGGAAGAGAGGAUAUCCACAUGAUUUGCUGUACAGCUUUUUCAGAGCAUGUGCUGUAAUUUUACCUUAUCGGUUACACAUUUAACCGACUUGAUAUCUUUCAACAUGGGGCAUAUUUUUAGUCUCUGUGUGCCAUUUUAUAACUUACAGUAGCAGCAGAAGUACAGUAAUUUUUAAGGACUUGCAGCUGCAUCCUGACCUCACAAAACAGCUUACACACACACACACACACACACACACACACACACACACACACACACACACACACACACACACACACACACACAAACAGGAGGAGGAAUAACAGAAGUACAUGAACAGAUUCUCAGUAUGCAGGGCUGCCUCCACACGGUGCUGCUGCCAAAACAUAACUUGUCCAGUGGUUUGGAUGUCAGCCAGCAUUGCUGCACUCUAAAGCUUUGUUCACACUGCCAGCUCAAUCCACCUUCAGGAUUUCUAGUCCAGCCAGGCUGAUGUAUUUUAUGUUGACGUUCCUUUCUUGAAAUUAGUGAAAGUGUUUUUGAAUCCACCAGUAGCAGAACAUAUCAUGCAGCCCGGGUUGAUCUGUGUCAUUAUAAAAUAUGUCCAGCAGAGGUCACUCUGACUUGAACAUGUACAGUUCUCACUGUGCUGUUUACAGCACAUGUGCCUGGGUAUUACAGCUAAACAGGCGCUGAUAUGCAUGAGAACUGUCUAACCACGUACUUUAUGAUUAUGUUGGGUAUUCCUUAGCUGAGUUUAUUUGGUCUACAGAGGAGACUUCUAAACAGCAUCAGCGAGUCACAUCAGAAGAAAAAUUUCCAGAGCUCUGCUUCAGAAAUUUUCAAAGAUUGCUUGUUUACACAGCAAAAUGCAUAAAUAUGGGUGACUGCCCAUCACUAAGACAGUUUGACCACACCCCUAAAUAUGCAAAUCUUAUUUCAACUAUCAGAUAGGAAACAAAAACAGACGAGUAGAAAAAAUACACCCUCUAUACAGCCUGCAAAACAGGAAAUGGGUCAUAGGGACCAAAACUCUUUUUGUGCAGGGCUGUAAGCAUGUCUAAUUAUGCUGUAAAACAGGCAUUUCAUCAAAGAUGUUGAUGAGGAUUUAUUGGCUCUUGGAGGCAGCCUCUAGUGGACACCUGCACCCUUUAAGGCCUCUGCUUUGGCUCUAUGGGCUCUAUUUUUGUGCCUCGCCAGCGUUGUGGCGCAGACGCGGCGUAAGUCAGGUCUGCCGCGCUGACAAGGCGUUCUCAAGCACAAUUUGUUUUUUUGGUGAGCGGCGCAGCCUGGCGUAAGUAUCCCCCCUCCCUAACUUAGCUCCUCCCAGUGGCGUAAAUCGUAGAGAGGGAGGAGAGAGGGCGUGGAGUGGGUUUGACACAGCCGAGACCUGUUUUCGCCAAUCAGGACCGCUCCUCUCCUCACCUUUAAAUCUGCCACCGGCGAGGCAUUUUACAAUUUAAAGUAGUCAAAGAGAUCAAGAGAUGUCUGAAGACAGUAAUGCCACACGAUGGCGACAGAAGGCAGCUUCUCAACAAGUGUUGCUGUAAGCGCUGCAGUCCUCCACACUCUCUCAUAUGAGCACAGAUGGAUUUGGUGUGUGUAAGGUUGGACCCACUGGUAAGACAAACAUCCUUUUCCACAAAUAAAGACACUCACAUAAAGUUGCAUAUAUUUAAACCUCACAUGACAAAGGUGGGUUGAGCGCAGAGAUCACAUCAUAAAUUCCAAUAAUGGCAUUAAAAUCGGAACCAUCUGUGCAUAAAGACGCAUCGCACUCUGUGGCCUGGCUCUUUCUUUCAUAGAUGUUGGCAUAUAAAAUAAAUUUCGCUCACAAAACUGAAUGUUAUAUUAUUCGUAUGUGGGCUUAAAGUAAAUAACUCAUCUGAUCACUGAAACAAAUCAUCUGUUCAGCUGCCGCAGCAGCAGCUGCAGCAGGACGGGGAUAGCACACGGAGGCAUGUCCAGGUCGAGCUGCGCGAGAAAUAGGAGGAAGAUAGAAAUACGGGGAGACGAAUUAAAUAUCUCGUUCACUUCAUCAUGUGUGUCUAUUUACUAGAUAUUUAAUUUAAUUUAAUGCGGUUUCAGCUGUGUUGAUUCAGUCAGGUUGUGUGUCCAAACGAGUGCCAAACGUGCUCAUCAGAUCAGAUAUACAGUGCAUCCAGAAAGUAUUCAUACCACUUCACUUUUUCCACAUUUUGUUAUGUUUCAGCCUUGUUCCAAAAUGGAUUAAUUUCCCCUUUUCCCUCAAAAAUUCUACACAAAAUACCCCAUAAUGACAAAGCGAAAAACCUUUUUUAGAACAUUUUGCAAAUUUAUUAAAAAUAAGACACUCAAAUGUUGCAUAUAUAUAAGUAUUCACACCCUUUGCUAUCAAACUCAAAAUUGAGCUCAGGUGCAUCCUGUUUCCACUGAUCAGCCUGGAAAUGUUCCUCCAACUUGAUUGCAGUCCACCUGUGGUAAAUUCAGCGGAUUGGACAUGAUUUGGAAAGCCACACCUGUCUAUAUAAGAUCCCACAGCUGACAGAGCACGUCAGAGCACAAACUAAGCCAUGAAGUUGAAAGAAUUGUCUGUAGACCUCUGAAACAGGGUUGUAUCGGCGCACAGAUCUGGGGAAGGUUACAGAAAAAUAUCUGCUGCAUUGAAGAUCCCAAAAAGCACAGUGGUCUCCAUCAUUAAGAAAUGGAAGACGUUUGGAACCACCAGGACUCUUCCUAGAGCUGGCCGCCCAGCCAUACUGAGCAAGCGGGGGAGAAGGGCCUUGGUCAGGGAGGUGACCAAGAACCCGAUGGUCACUCUGACAGAGCUCCAGUGUUCCUCUGAGGAGAUGGGAGAACCCUACGGGAGGACCACUAUCUCUGCAGCACUCCACCAGUCAGGCAUUUAUGGUAGAGUGGCCAGACAGAAGCCACUCCUCAGUAAAAAGCACAUGACAGCCCACUUGGACUUUGCUAGAAGGCACAUGAAGGACUCGCAGACCAGGAGAAACAAAAUUCUCUGGUCUGAUGAAACGAAGAUCGAACUCUUUGGCCUGAAUGCCAAGCGUCAUGUCUGGAGGAAACCAGGCACCGCUCACCACCUCGCCAAUACCAUCCCUACAGUGAAGCAUGGUGGUGGCAGCAUCAUGCUGUGGGGAUGUUUUUCAGCGGCAGGAACUGGGAGACUUGUCAGGAUCGAGGGAAAAAUGAAUGCAGCUAAGUACAUCAAAAUUCUUGAUUAAACCUGAGACCUUCGACUGGGGCGACGCUUCAUCUUCCAGCAUGACAAUGACCAUAAGCACACGGCCAAGAAGACAAAGGAGUGGCUUCAGGACAAGUCUCUGAAUGUCCUUGAGUGGCCCAGCCAGAGCCCAGACUUGAACCAGAUUGAACAUCUUUGGAAAGACCUGAAAGUCGCUGUGCACCAACGCUGCCCACCCCACCGCACUGAGCUUGAAAGGAUGUCCAAGGAAGAAUGGGAAAAACUCCCCAAAUCCAGGUGUGCCAAGCUUGUUGCAUCAUACACAAGAAGACUGGAGGCUGUAAUCGCUGCCAAAGGUGCUUCGACCAAGUAUUGAGUAAAGGGUGUGAAUACUUAUGUAUAUGCAACAUUUGAGUGUCUUAUUUUUAAUAAAUUUGCAAAAUGUUCUAAAAAAAAGUUUUUGACUUUAUGGGGUAUUUUGUGUAGAAUUUUUGAGGGAAAAGGGGAAUUUAAUCCAUUUUGGAAUAAGGCUGUAACAUAACAAAAUGUGGAAAAAGUGAAGUGGUAUGAAUACUUUCCGGAUGCACUGUAGUUCAGAAUAUAUUUAUAUAGAUGCAAAUGUAUGUGCUGACUCAGAUUAUUAGUUGCUGUUGAUUAUUUUUUGCACUGAAAUGUGCCUGACACUGUGGAAACCUGCUGGUGAGGCAUCGGUGACAUAUGCCGAUAUGCCGCAGGUCUACCAAAAUACCACUAGACCAGCUGCGCUCCGCCUGCGCUGAAAGCUGACCAGAUUUGAAUCGGCAAGCUUUCAGCGCACUUUAUACGCCACCAGUGAGCAUGAAAAUGUCACUUCGCCAGCUGAUUCUGUCGACACCUCCCCCUGCCACGCCACCACGCCCAGCUUGGCGGACCUUGGUGCACCUCAGUCUAUGAAAAUACCAAACUGGCUGUACGCCGGGCUCCGCCGGACGAAAAUACCACUGCACGGGGUCCGCCACCCUCCGCCGCCUCGCCGGCAAACACGAAAAUAGAGCCCUAUGUGUAACAUUGGAGAUCAAUGCUAGGUAAACACAUCCUCCACAGCCUGAAGUCCCCUCUGUUCCUCCUUCCUUCCUCUGUCAACUUGGCUGUGAUGAUGGAGGGGAGACAUCAGGCUUGGUAGUGAGGUCAUGACAUAAGCCACCAUGUAAUGUUUAUAAAUGAUUGUGGCCAAAGUAACAGACUUACCCUAUGAUGAUAUUUUUCACAUUUAUAUCAUUUGAUAUAUAAAAACCUUAUAUUAAUCAAGCCCUUGUGUCAAGAUUGUAUUCAGUCUUUGAUGAAAAUUUUUUAAAUCAGAUUCUUGCCUGAUUUUCUUGCACCAGACUUUUAAAGGCAUCCUUGGCAAAACUGUACCAUAUAACAAUGUCAGAAAUUUAUGAAAGUGGCUGCAGCAGGACACCUUGAUUGAUGUUUAACUGUUUGAAGGUAAAAUUAUGUUUCUUAUGAUUUCACUUUGGAGACCUGUAUCAUUAAGGUACCAAGUUGUAGACCUUUUAAGACAGCAACCCAAGCCAGACAAAAAUCUGGCCACAUAGUAAGGCUGGGUGAUCAACCAAAACUUUACUGAUACCAAAAUUUAUGACAAUAAUCAACGUUAUUUUGCCCAUGUCAAUAUAAUCAGUGUCAAAAACAUAAAUAAAUGAAAGUUGGUUUUGGGUGUGUGUAGGUAGUCUAUGGUCUCAUGUCCCUUUUUAAGAUGCUGUCCUACGUCAGAGACGUGACUCCACCCCAUCCAUUUCGUAACAAAGAGGAAAAGACAGGUGAGGAGCUGGAGAACGGUUCAAAAGUUGUAGUGGCAGCUGAAGUAGACAAAAUUAAUGUGGGAGGGGGUGAGCAGCUUGUGGAGUAAUUAUCGUCCAUUUCUCGUAAUCGAGGUAAACUGCUCAGUAUAUUGUGAUAUUGAUUUGAGGCCAUAUCGCCCAGCCCUACUACAUAGUCUGAUACAAUCUCUCACAUAUAAAAGUGUGAACAGUCUGUUGAAGCUUUGAUUUGACAGGAAAACAGUAUUUGACCCCAGGCAGAACAGCACCAAGAUGUAUUCACAUUUUUCAUGCUCCAGAACAAACACGUUUGGAUACAUGUCCGAAUACAUCAGCACUUUUGGCUGUCAGACUAAGGCCAGAGAGUGCUUUAUCUUAAUCUGCAUGCAUCUGCUGGAGUACAGAAAAUCCCCAAACACCUGGAUUGUUUUCACUGGAGUAACAGCAGCAGAGACUGAGGUAGACAAACAAGGCUGAGGGUCAGAACAGUGAACUUUAAAGUACAAGUCAGAAGUUUGUGCAGGAGUGAUUUGAACUAGAAGUGACAACAAUAACAUUGUCUUUCAAAAUAUCUCAACCACUCCUGCAAAAUGACCCUCCUCUCUGCUGUUUGUCAGUGUGAUCGGUAUCUUACAGACUGCUGGGGGGUUCGGCAAACACCCUCCAUAUUCCAGAAACCCCAUCAUUUCACCCGCUCACCCGCAGAACAGCAUGAGACCAGGGUCUGAAAUUUUUCUGAACUCUGGAGAGUCUAAAAACUGUUUGUGAGAAGAUAGAGAAAAGUAUGAAAGUUACAUGGAGAGAACCCUGGAGAUCCGCUUGUUAAACAUUUAUUUUGUUGUUUUAAAAUAGAUUUUCUAAAUGCAUUCUAGAUUCCUAUAGGUUUCAAAGUAGGAAAUCUGCUGUAGUUCUUGGAGCUCUAAAAGAAUGUCCAAGUUUGGCUCAGGGUAAAAUUCCUGCACCCCAGGCACAGAGGCUGCAGACCUCCAGUUCAACACCGAUCCUUGGCCAUUUGCAAAAAAUCUUUGGAAAAAAGAGAGCUAUGUCUGACAAAACAGAUAUCUUUUAUUAAAGCAUUGGUAAUCUCUGCAGGAAUGUGAUUUUCACUUCUUUCAUCUGAUUGUUGAGUCAAUUAUGAAGCCACCGGGGCUGGAUUAAGUUAUGUUCAGAGUUUCAUCUUUUAACAGACUGAAAAGUGCCUCCUCUAAAAUGUUUAUUAUACGUCAGUCUACUUUGUGGGCAGCCAAAAUAAUUAGUAUUUAGAAAUGGCUGAAACAAUAUUGUCAGCUUGAUAAACAAACAGAAUGAAACUGUGCAGUUACAGUGACAUCACAUCACACAGCCUCUGCAUUUGGCUAAAGGUGAUAUGAUCUGCCUUUCUCUCAUUUUGUAGAUCAACAGGUUUUAUACAUUAACUUUAAACUAAAACAUCUCUGGCUGUCCGUUGCCUCACUUGUCCUCCAGGUCUUAUUAAUGACUUGGCCCAAGUUUGCUGAGCGUGUUUUAGUUUUAUCAGUACCUUUUCAUUUCCUUCAUAUCCUGCCCUUUACUUCAUGUGUAGGUUGUUGAGCUUUCUUUAAUGCGGAUUGCUUUUGGACAUAGUCUGCUGAUUUGUGUCUUUUUGGUGGCCAAGUCACCUCCUUGUAAGUGAUGUCCUUUCGGAGGUUGGUGGUGUUUGUCACUAAUUUUUUACUUCAGCCAUGCAGGCAGCUACACUAACUCUGUUGUGAUAUUCAAACACUGUAUGUGCUUAUACUUUACACUUUCUUACACCCUUACCUUUAUCCCAUGUACUUGUAUUACUGGGUAGACUUGUUUACCCUGCUUGGUAAGGAAUUUUAAAGUCUAUCUUUAAUCUUAAUCUUAACCCAGUUUUAUGCCCCCUAGUUGUAGGACCUAUUUUUUCAAUGAGCACAAUUUGCUAAGCUUUAAGAAGCUUGAAUUUUUGUUUUGAAGCAUUCGGCUAUUCCAGGUCACUCGCUAAAUAAUAGGGUGUGCCAAUAUUUACCCUAACCUCAAAAGGAUUACGUCUAAUAACUAACGUCUCCAAGCACAUUAAACAAGUUGGCACUAAGCUGCACAUUAAAGGUCACACCCUCGCCAUCUGACAACACGUGCUGAAUUAAAUUAACCAACACACAAGCUGCCCAAAGAGAAAAGGGGGUGCUAUGAAGUAAAACCUCAAAGAUAAACUAUGGGCCACUGAUGCAGCAGCUUACUGGCUGCAAACCAAACAAAAGCUUAAUAAAAGCUAGCACAACCACACAAGAAAAUCUUUAUAAUCUCCAAAAGCCAUGUGUUUCAGCCACUUCUUAAAAUCUUCUCAGAAUGAAAGGAAAAGGUUCUUGAAACCCAGCAGCUACAUGGCUGAUUUCUGGUCCGAUACCCCCACCAGUCAUAUGCUGAGGGAUCUCAACACACACAUGAAAUCAUGAAACAAAGCUAGACCCUGCAUCCACAUGAGAGAGCAGCGCUUGUUUACCUUGGUUAACUAUAAAAUUCUGGAUUAUUAGCAGCGAUAAACAGAAGACAGAAAAGAACAGUAUCAAAAACAUGCUCACCCACAACCACAGCGAGAUUACUUACCUUUGAGCUUUGAUGAAAUACAGCAUGAAACUUGGCUUAGUGCUAUAAUAGGACACAAGACGAUAGGAUAUGAUACAUUACAAUAGGAUACAUAUGGAUAUGAAAUUUACCCUCUAGCUAUAAUGCACCACAGUACAAUACUGUACAGUAAAGUACAGCAUGAUAGGAUGCGGUUUGGUACAAUACAACAUGAUAUUUGGACAAUACAAUCCAGUACAGUACAAUCCAGUAUGAUCCAUAGAUACCCAGAUGUAAUGCCGUUUCUAAAGUCCAGGGGCCUCAUUUCUUAACUGUGCAUAUAAAAGGUUCUAAAUUCUGGCAAAGGAAUAAAAUCUAAAAUGUGCAUAAGUACAAAAAAAACUGUAUUUAUCAAGCAUGCAGAAACUGGUUGCACACACACUCGUAAGUAAUCCGUGAUAAUAAAUCCCUCCUGUUAUUUGCUCCAUGCUUAAAUUUUUGCAUGUUCCUAAGCACAAGUACAGGUUGAUAAAUUCCAUACUUUGUAUGGGAAUGUUCGAACGCACUCAUUAUGCACACAUCUAUGCCAGGGUUUUUCCUGCGUUCAAAAUUGCGUGGCGGCCGCCUCCACCUAAUUUUGUGCCGCCCCCGGCCAGAGCGAUUGAUUUCGCUCAACACAGCGUAAAGCUCCAGCUGUGUUGAUUGAGCGAUUGAUGUCCCGAUGCAGCAGCAACGUAUUUUAACUGCAGUUGCAGCGUUGCGCCACUAUAGAGGCGCUAUAUCAACAGCAGUGCACCGGAGAGAGCUGAAGCAUCUACCGAAGAAGAAACGGAUCGAAUCAAGUUUUUUUCCCGCUAGUUGGUGCUGUCGGCGUCCUGAUUUUCCCUGGCGGAUGGUACAAACAGGUAAAUACUGCUUCUCUUUUUUGCAUCCAAGCAUGUCGUGUUUAUUUAAAAAAAAAAAUUUACUCCGUUUUUAGCGUUGCAGUUAUGACAGGCAAAAUUAGCCAGUACUUUAAAAAGCGACCUCGCGAGGAGGAAAGUCAAGAGUCCAGGUGAAACACAGCAGAGAAAAAACGUAACAGGCAGUUAAAAUGCUAUAAUUCAUGGUGGUGACAACGUGGAAAUUUGUGUCAGGUCUGAAAGUACUUAACAAAGGACUGGUGAUCGCGAGGGUCAGAAUGCAGGACAGGACGAGUCGGCGAGGCGAGGGUAAUUAAUUAAUUAAUUAGUUUCCAAUUAGGAGCAUAACAACGCAAAGCCGACGUGUACGUGGUUUUUAUUCCUCUUUCCAGAUCUUCUCAAAAACACAGAGCCAGUGGCUUUGACAAGCAGUGGCUCAAUCAAUUUACCUGGCUCAGGCAUACUGAGGAAGGCAUGCACUGUUAUUUAUGCCAAAAGCACUGUGCCCAACACAGCAGGCAAUUGCUGCCUCCUUAGUGAGACAGCCAUCAACCAACUACAGGCUGGACACAUUAAAGAGACAUGAAGUGACAGCCAUUCUCAAAGCAGCAAAAGAGAAGGAGAAAUAUAUCAAAGAUGGUAGUACCUAAAAAAACUCAACUAAUAAAGUUACAAAAAAUAAAUAACAUAGUUUAGAUAGUUUAAGAAAUAAUUGGUUGUCGUUUUUUUUUUUAGGGAGGACACUGCAGCGUAUACAUAUAUAUGAUUGAAAACACUAUCACUCUUCAUGUCUGUAUCAGAAUAAAAACAAAAAUACUUAAUGCAUGAUGAAUUGUUUUUUUUUAAGGUGAAGACACCUCUGUGGAACAGACUGAAGGAGAGGCACUUGGAUGUCUGUUGUAAGGUGGCCGUUGAUGGACCAGACCAGGAGGCCUUGGACUACAAGGAGUGCAUGAGGAGGUUCUACAGAAUGAAAAAGAGGAGGCUGAAAUGUUCUGUCUGGUUGCGAGAUGUGUGGAUGAAGUGUACUUUCAAUUUAAAGUUGCCAGCUGAUUUGUGUAUGUAUAUAGUUUUAAUAAAUGAAUGCUUUAACAUAAUAAUGGUCACACUCUUUUUUGAACUCUUAACUUAAAGUAUGUUGCCUGUAAAAGAAAGUGAAUCGGUUGAAUUUACAAAUACAUGCACGUCGUGGCGCAUGGUCAGGAUGGUGCCACCUCUGCCUCAAUUUGAGCCAGGAAAAACCCUGUAUGCGUACGCAUGGUUGAUAAAUGAGGCCCCAGGAGUAUUUCACUCAAGAGGACCCUUGAUAAUACCAGUUUCUCCUGUAUUCACGUACUGCUCCCUUUGAAACUAAAGAGUAUAAUCCAUUUCCUGAAAACUGUGAGUUUUUCAAGUUUAGGAGGGUUUUUUUGUCAUGUGGGGUUCCUCUGAGUUUUUUGUGCUUGCAGGCAGCCAUGAAUAUUUUCAAAAGGUUGAUGUCUCAUUUACUAAAACCUUAAGGAAUUUUUCCAAGGUACCAAAAUGAAAAAGAGAUUCAUAUCUAAAGCUGAAAUAACCCACCCCCUUUCCAAGCCUAACAUCUUCAGCAAAAAAUGUCUAUCUGCAAAUUGCUCCACACUCCUUCAAUCAGGAACACUGUGAACCUAUUAAUUUGGACUUUUGAUGCUGAGUAAUAAAUAAAGGAUUGGUUUCAUGUAGAAGAAACCUGUCCUGUAAAACAGAGUAUAAGUGGGUUUGUGUAUUUGGAGCCAUAUUUCCUCUGAUGGGACCUGUUAUGUUUUUUCUAUGAGGGUAACAGCCUUUUACAGUUUCCCAUGAUGCCUUCAGCAUCUUGUUAGUUAUAAACCUCAACAAAUAUUCAUGUUAAUCCUGAGGGUUCAACUAAACCAGUUGUCUUUAUUUCACAAAGAAAAAGUUCAGAUCUGUAGUUAUCCAUACAAAUGAUUUAGAAACUGAUGUUUUACAGCGAGUCCUGGAUUUUCUCUGUUACUUUUAAAAACCUGGUUUACUUUGUCUGUGUUCAGUAUUACCAGAAAUUCUCUGUCUAUGCACUUCAGCCAAUUUUCCCUCUUUUGUCACUAUUUUUACUUUUGUAACGGCUGAAAAAAAGGGGGCUGUAUGAUACUUAGUCCUCUUGUUUUUUUGUGUGUCUUUAGCUGAAGGAGAUGUUCCCUGGUUUCCGCCUCUCACUACCUCCAAAGCGUUGGUUCAAGGAUAACUAUGACAGCGACUUCCUGGAGGACAGACAGCUGGGACUACAGGCCUUUCUGCAAAACCUGGUUGCACAUAAAGACAUUGCUAACUGGUAUGUGACACAAUAAUGCAGUUGUUUUUCUCUUUUUGUGCUCAGUGUACAUAGAGGCUCUGAAUAAACAAUACUGUUAUUUUAAAAAGUGUUUUAUGGCUUCUCUUCUUUAUUGAUGAAUUGUAAACUAAUUGAAGGUCAGACUACAAAUAAAUGAACUUAUGCAAAAUAAUAAACCAAAUAAAUGUUAAUAAUAAAUCUCAUCUUCAGUGCACAGCUUAAACAUUCAAUAGUGCAUGACUCAGCUGGAAAGUAUGUUACCAAUCCUAGAUCCCAGAUUUUCUGAAGAGCUGAACAAAGUUCAGGAAAUGAUGUUGGCAAAGUGUUUGUUUGCAAUUGACCCAGUCUUAAAAAACACAUUAGCAGAUGCUGCACCUGGAGUAAGAGGAAAUGUGGUCUUCACUUUGUCUGUGGACCUUUUAGAAAAGUCUUUUAUUUCGUGUUUAGGUUUUUUAGUUUCGUCAGCUGCUCUGCAGCAGUGGUCAAGUUCCUUGUAUUUCUUGCAAAGUCUGGUUCAAUAAAAGGAGCAUCUUUAUUUUGAUCUGGAAGGAUUAUUAAUUAUGACCAUGGGCCUGGGUACAAACCCACUAUGGGCCUCUACAUAUACAUGCAAACAGUAAAUGUGUGUCAUCUUUAUGUAUACACUGUGUACCACACAACACAUUACUUUUAAAUUGUAACCAUUGUUAUGUGUCGCCAUAUUUACCAUGCAUUUCACUUUAUUUUCAAACAUAAUUAUACCACAACAACAAAUACAGUUGUGCUGAGCACUCCAAUUGGUCAGAAGAAGAAAAAAGAAAACAAAAUGCCAAACUUGCAGACAUGAAUCAUGAAUAGUUUUCUCAAAGUUCUUGGAACUUUCGCUUCUCUGUGUCUGAGAUUAUAUGACAUCAUUAGGCUAACGUCUGUGCUGCAGAUCGAUAGGUGAUAAAAUGAUGGUAACAAUAUUGAAAAUAUUAAAGAAUUUUGGAUCAUACUAAAUUGUAUCAUUCAGCUAACAUCACCUUACUUACAACAAUAAUACUUUUUUUUCCCUUCAAAUUUAAAGGCCAAGUGCUUUCAUUGGCCGAGGCUCUGAGCAUGUACAGGGCCCUGGGCACAUGCCCAGUGUGCCCUCGCAGUAAUCCGCCUAUGUCCUGGACCUGUUGAACAUCAUGAUAUAUUAAUCUAAUAAUACUAUUCACAUUUGAUCCUUUUGACGAUAAAUCACCACAAAAUAUGAGAAAACAGGCACAGAAAAUUUCACAGACCACAAAAACUUGUAAACUGUUAAUGGUCUUUUUGACAAACAGUCUGAAACACAAAGACCCUUUUCCCUGACUGUUAGUAAGUGAUAAACUCUGGCUUUCCUCCUUAUACUCAGAACGCUGGGACCUUCAGAUUUUUGACAUAAUGCUUAAAAAGUUACUGAAACACUUAAUCAGUUAUGAAAGUACAGCAACAUAACUUCUUGUUCUUUGUCCUUAAAAAGUCAUCACAGCUUUGCCCACAUCUCUGAUCCAGCACUUGUGUUUCUCUACAGUGUGGCGGUGAGAGAGUUUCUGUGUCUGGAUGAUCCACCUGGACCUUUUGAUAGUCUGGAGGAGAGCAGAGUAAGUUUUCAGGCACAUGUCUAGCAUGGACAGCAAGUUUAUUAAUGCACAGAAAGCUUUGGGGCUUGUUAGAGCCCAACAUGUAACAAUAAUCCGAAAUGCAAUGAAAAAAAAAUGAAAUAAAAACUGAAAUGUAAUAAUUAGUCGAUAAUAUAACAAGAUGCUGAGCUCAAAAUGUAGCAACUUGUCUCAUUUAGGAUCAAUUAUUAAAUUUUGGGUUUGAUAAGACUUUUUUUAAUAACAUUUGCGGUUAUUGUUAAAUAUUGGGCAACAGAAACAGAUCUGUUCCUUAAAUGUGAACUCUGAGACCAACCAGAUUUUCUACAUCACAGGAGGAAUGUAAAGCUUUAUCACAAACUAAUAGCUCCUCAGACUCUAAUGUAGAUAUUUAUUAGGCAUUGAACUCAUUAAUUUGGACCCCAAUGAUUUGUUUCACUUACAAUUUUACCAUUUGUCUUGGCCAAGGCUUAAAGAGAACAGAAAAAUACACUAGAGAGAUCUAGCACCACUGGUCUGAGUAUUUUUGCAUUGCCUGGAGUUAAUUUCUUACUGUUCUUCUUGUUCACCUUCUCUGCUGACACUUCAGUGUUUUUGUAACUUUAUCGCCACACAUUUGGACAGAUAGUAGCUUUUAUAUAGAUGUGUUUCAGCUCAGGAAAUAGAACUCACAUUCAUACUGAAAAAGUGAAGUUGGUUUAUGACAGUCAUGGUCACAAGUUGGGGUUGUUUGUCCAGAUGAUAGAGGCAAAUAUGCACAUUUUACUUUUAGUUUCUGUUGUUAAUAGGCUAAUUAAAGAUGAGCAAAAUCUUAAUAUACCUGAUUUUCUUUUCUUGGAUUUUGGCUCUGACAUCCAGAAAUCAGCACAUCCUUCUUAUUUAUGUUCAAGAUAAAUAGGACUCAAGAUUGGAUGAACUAAUUUAGAAAAAAAAUAAAGUUUUCUGUUGAUGAAUGGUUUUACACAGUCAAACAGAGUAAUGUCUGUGAACAGGAUUUGGUAUUGAUGCCAGCAUGUGAAUGCAUUACCACUCUUUAAGGACUAAUAAGUCAAAUUGUGCGCAUGCUUGCGUUAUUGAUACACCAGAGCACGCAUCAUGCCAGGAUGAUUAAAAAGUAAUACAGUAAAAAAUCAGAGUUCACAAAUUUCAGUCAUUAUUAUUUCAGCAAAUAAUUAUUUGCUUUUGCUCCAAAGCAACACAUCUCUUUAAAAGCUCUCUUGAACAAAGAUGUUUUCAUAAUGGAAAGGAGAUCAGUUUUUAUAAAUUUGCUUACACAACAAAUGCAUACCGUGGCAAAAGCUAGGUCUUUCCCACGGUGGGUGAUUGUGCUCAUGGAAAAUCUAGUCCUUAGAAAAACACUACCGACUCUGACAACCUGAUCUUUCUCCUCAAAAUGUAAAAAUAAUUAAUGUAAGCAGCAGCUUCUUGGGUAGCUGGAAGUAUCCAACCAUCUAUAGAUGAUAGAGACACUCAGUUUUAACCCAAAGUUGAUUUUCCCAUUAGUCAUUGCAGUUUGUCCCAGAUAAGAAGUGAAGGUUUCUGAUAGCACCGUUCUGAGUAAAACCUCCACUCAGGUUUCAUAUGAACACACUGUCCUACUUUCUACAGUCUGAAGCUGUAGCUUUACAGGGCAGGGUCUUACUCUUCUUACAUCAGACAAUAAACAUGUCAUAAGCUUUGUGUCCGCUGUGGAAAAACAGACAACUUUACAAGACGCAUUUACAAGUAAAUGACAUAAUUUUACUUAAUUUUAGAUUUGACACACGGCCUGAGGUCAGUGUGAAGUCUUGUAAAAUUUCUCUAACAUCUUUUCUGUUUGCCAUCCACGCUCUGUCUCUACUGUUAAAAAUAGUCUUUUUAUUCUUCCUUCCCAUGCGUUUGUAUCUCUGCAGGCUUUCUGUGAGACUCUGGAGGAGAGUAACUAUCGGCUACAAAAGGAGCUCCUGGAGAAGCAGAAGGAGAUCACCUCCCUUAAGAGACGGCUGGAGGAGAAGGAGCAGGCCAUCCUGCAGCUAGAGAAGCAAAUUAAGUCAGUAGAAAUGUAAUUUAUUCAGUGAACUCAAAUUAAUCAUUCACACAAAAGAAAAUGAAAGAAAAAUACAAGGCACAGAAAUGAGUGGAAAUCAGGUGUAGAGCACAAAACCACCAGAACAAACUCAAUAUGAGGGUUUAUGCGUGAAAGAGUAAAGAAUAAACAAACAUGAGGGAAAAAAGCUUUGCAAAAAGGAAAUAAGCAAAAGCAUCUGGUAGGAAAUAAGUGUGGUUUUUUUGUGUGUGUUUGUGUGGCAGCGGUGAGUGCGUUAGCCCGGGGUCUCUGUGCGGUCUGUCAGCUCAGGGCAGUGAAAGCAGCGUGGAUGUGGAUGUGGAGUCGUCAGCUGCAGAGGCUGAUCAGGACAUGCCUGAAGACAGUGGGUAAGACAAAAAAAAAACACACACAGACAAAAGACGCCAACUAAAUAGAAGAUAACAGUAAAACAAAGACCCCACACAAAUCACAGCCAAGUCUUACAUAAAACAAGUCACUCAAGUAACAGCGUGUGAUCUGUACCCUAAAAUUGAGAUUUCAAGAUUCAAAUCUUCAUUGUUGUUAUAAAACAGUCAUCAGAAAAGCAGCCCUGAGUUGUGUUCAAACCCUUUCCCUCCAGGAGUAUUGUGCUGUAUAUGCUGGUCUUAUUUAUAGACCAGGUUUUAAGGGAAACCUCAUCUUACUUUUCAGUGCUUUAGUUGCUGAAAAGUGAGUGUAGCAGUGCUUAAGUGUUUAGCCAGUAAAAACGUCCUCGUCCUGAUUCAGAAGGACUUAUAAGAAAUCCAGAAUAAAAAGACACUUGUUGACAGCACACAGCAGCUUCACUUUGAAAUACAGUAACAUCAGAGCCAGUGAGUAACGAAGACCUACAGAAACAAGUUGAACAAGAUCACAUAAAUCCUCUUAGUCCUCAGUAAUGCUGCAUCCUGUUUGUCUUUCCCGUGAGACACUGUAAUUAUGACUUAUGUGAAAUACAUGUCCUAGAUGCUGCCCAAAGACCCCAAAAGAGUUUUGAAUUAAGUGUUUAUAAGAUACACAGGAGUAUGGUUGAAAAAAGUCAAGAAUAGACUUGUCAUGAGACAAGAAUAAACUUAAUUAUAAUAAAAAAUAAUGUGAUAAACAAUAAAACAGGUUUGUUUCAAUUCUGAAACUGCCAACCAUCUCAAUUAUCUCCACCUGAACUACACUUGUGUGCCUUUUUAAAAUGUCUUCCCUUGUUGUAUUUCUUGCACUUUUUUAUUCCACAGUAGUGCCGCUCCAGUCUGAAAACAGCCCCAUGAGGUACUUUAAAACCAGCUCAGCAGGUCUACUCUGUGUCAGACUGUCUCCUCCUCUUCUUCUUCAGUAACAUGCAUCCCACUGUUAAACUGUCUAACUCUCAUUAUGUGAUGGAAUGUGUUUUUUCUGUUUGUAAGUCAGUCUUGAUGCAGCACUCACAUGUUUUAUGUAUAGCCAGUUGUUCCUAAAAUGCAUUACGGUGCUCACAGCUGUUCAUGUGACAUGCGAGUCCUGAAUUAAGGUUAACUUAAAAUGGUUAAAACCUGUUAUAUCUGUGUUUUCAGAGUGUUUUGAAAGGUUAGACAGUUUGUUUUCAGAGCUUUAAAUUCAGGGAAUUUGCUCAAAUCCUAUCUUCUCUGAAGGGAGGUCUGUACUGUACAGCUUCAGCUUGUUUCUAAACAGAUUUUCUUGCUGCACAAGAACUUUAAGUGCCUUAACACAUUACGGUCUCAUUAGUUGUUCUUACUUGUAGGUGUACAGGAAUAAGUGAGGACACUUGAACUUCACUCAGCAUACUGUUUUUAAUUUGGAUAAAUUCUUCACAUCGGGUCAAUGUCGGGUCACAGCUGAAUCAGCUGUACCCAUCAAGUUGUGAGAUGAAACACAACAAGCUCAUCUCCGACACUGUCUACGAAAUGAAAAAGGCUUCAUGUCCAUAACCAUUUUUGCCCACAUGUUGGCAUGGGUGUAGGUUUAUGUUCCACGAGUAGGUUAAUGUUCUUUUGUAAUCACUGCACACUGUACUAGUAUCAUGAUUCAGACCGUUUUUAAUACAAACACAAAGUUUUGAGAGCAAAGCUCUGAAAAUAAUGUGUCUCUAGCCUUGUUGUGUUUCUAUUGUUCUGCAGUGUUGUAUGCUGACUGUGGCUCCCUGCAUUGUAUGUGACUAACAUCUGCUGUUAAAGCUCUUCUUCACGUGGUGACAUCUGCUCACUUUGUGGGCAUUGUAGGGUUUUGGAUUACAGGUGUUCUCCUCCCUCUCCCAUCUAUCUGCUGCCCUAAAAAACAGGGAAAACCUGGAAUCUGACUGCUGGAUAUCACUUUAUAUUCCCAUUUUUACACACUAUACCUUUUGAUGACUCCAUAUCUCUCCAUGUUGAAAACGUUUAGCUGUCCAUUCAGCUUCCUUAAUCAAACUUUCCACCAACGGCAGGCUCAGCCAAAGCCUGUCCUUUAUUCAAUAGUUUUUCCAGUCUUUCAUGGUGGAUAUUCAAGAGAAAAACCUCAAGAUAUCACAACUGUCAUUGCAACUCUGUCAAAAGCUGAAGCAAAAUCAAGCAAUUCAAUGACUUAGAGAAACAAUCUGAAAUUCACUAUGUGUUAUAUUUUGCCAUAACCAUGAUUUUUUUCAGGAAAACAUGGGACUCAUCUUGGCCCAUUCAUUAGUUUGGUGUGAUGCUCCUCUGAAAACAGGAGAAAUAAAUUGUCAGACCUUUGCAGGGAACAAAUUGAAUAGGACUGUAAAAAUCUGGAGUGAUGCAGGACCCUGCAGUAAAUGAUUAUUGUCGUGCAGUCUGCGAUGGGAGAGAGUCGGAGGUGAAACCUGUUCUCCUGCUGUGUGUCUGGUGAUGUGACUUCAUUAACAUGUUGUGCAGUUUCUGUCUUCUUUCUCAAGGACGGCUAUCAAGUUCAGAUAAAUGAGCAUCUUUGCUCUGCCGGAUCCUGUCAGUGUGUCUGGCUUCAUGUUGUCUCAGUCCUCAUGUUGUGUGGGAUGAAUGAUUUAAACGGGUGAGAUGCUGACUGUGUUUCCUCCUUCUCUACAGUGGCAGAUGUGAGGUCCAGCCAGUGCGAUCCUCCGCUUGUUGGUGCGGGCCAUCGCUCAGCGCCUCACCUCCAGUCAUCCAGGUCACUCAGCUCUUCCACCAGAAGCUGGAACACUAACGACAAACACUCCUCCUCCUGCUUCCUCUCUCCUCCUGCUCCCUCUCUCCUCCUCCUCCCUCUCACCUCCUCCUGUUCCCUCUCACCUCCUCCUGCUCCCUGGUUUUGUUUUGUUUUUCGCCCUCCUUUCUCCCAUCACAACCUCCCUUAACCUCAGGGUCUCUGCCCCUGUUCCACCCUCUAGUCAUGGAUUCAUGGAUUGGUGGCAGCCUUGAACCUGAGAUUGCGUCUUUUCUGAGAGGAAGCGUUUUUGUCUUGCAGAGGUUAGCGGUUAUACAUAC